AUGACGAAAUCACGCGCCCAGCCAAUCCGAGAACGUUUCGGCGUUCGCUGGAGACGAGCGUAUAGAGUUACCGCACGGUUCGCGAUGCGAAAGCCUCGCGGGUGGGGAUGGGUCGUCCCCGCCGCGAGACCGGGGCGAGGUCGAGGUUGGCGAUUCAUCAUGCGUUCGAUAUCGCAAGCCGCGCUCGCCCACGAUUCCUCGUACAACGCGUGUUUCGUCGUGAAGGGCGCCCGAACCGACGUGCACAAAGUUUUAGCAAAGACGGCGGCUGAAAAGAAAGCGCUAAACUUGCGCGCGUUCAAGGACGGAGAACGCGCGAUUGCGAUUCACGUUGUGGAUUCAAAACGUCGCGUGAUUUGUCCGGCGCUGGUGUACUGUACGCCGAGAGAGGAGACGUUGAGCGUCGCCGAGGCGCACGUUUGGGUGCACCCGAGCGCGAAAGAGUCGGCGUCAGAAGCGUUUCGUGACGCCGUCGCGGUGCGAGUCGCGACAAACACGAAAGCUGACGUAGAAGUGGAAGAAAGUGACGCAUUCGCGCGCAUCGAAAUCAUCGGUGCUAAAGCUUUCGAGAUUGUGCAGAAACUGGCUCCGGAUUUAGAUUUUUACUCGAGCGCGCAUACUACCCGAGGCAUCCGUCGAAUCGUUUGUCCAGACGCUCGUGCGGCUGCUUGGGGCGUUCAAACCGAUUCGAGUGAAAUGCGGGUGCCGACGGAAGUUGCGCCGACGCAAGCCGAGUACGACGAAAGUCGACGCGCAUCGCGCGCGGCUGCGCUCGAGCGACCAUGGGAGGAAACGGCCGCCGUCGGUGUCAAAUCAUACUCGGCGACGCUCAUCAAUCGAGGUGUGACAGCGAUAGAAGGGUACACUCUGAUCGUUUCUUCGUCUUGGAUGCUUCCCGUUUGGCACGGCGUGUGCCAAACCGGCGCACGUCCGGUGGGAAUCACUGAAUGGUCGUGGUGUGCGCAACGUUUUGCGCGCGCCCUAUUCCCGGACGAUUACCUCGACACCCAAGCUGGAGCGGACAAGCGUCUGGAGAUUUUCGACGAUAUUCUCGACGACAUUCGAGCGAAACCAAAAAGCAAGGUUUCUCAGUGCGAUUUAGCGCUCGUGCGACACGCCGAGCCGUUCGUAAAGGUGAGAAAUGUGCUUCGAGUGCGCGAUGAGAAGUUGGAACGCGAUUCGCAUCCGCGCGACGCGAUGGUUCGCGUCGCCCUGCGAUGUCCGUGGUCUGGUCAACCGACGCUCGGUGCGGAGAUCUUCUUCCCCAACGAAGCACAACGCGACGCUUGGUGUGUCAAAAAGACGGACGACACGACGCGCCGUCGUGAUCGGACGGUGUCGGGUAUGUUCUCGCAAUGGUCGAAGAAGGACAAAGCGCUUCGCUCGGAGCAUCGAAGCGACGUGAACCUCGGCGACGUCUUCGGCGACACCAUCGGGCAUAUUACUUCUGUAUCCGCACCAGCGGCAUCUGUCGGUCUAGCGUCCGGUUUGAUUCAGGCCAACGCAGUGAAAAUGCUCACUGAAAACUUUAGUCGCGGCAAAACGAAAGUGUUCGUCAUGCUUAGACAUCCAGGGAAAUUGGCGGUCCCCGCCGAGGCAAAUAUUGUCGUCAAGGCGACGCCGUUCGACGAGCCUUGGUUUUGA